AUGGCUUUCCUCUGGCUCGUCUCAUGCUUUGCCCUCCUGGGCUCUGCCUUCGGCUGCGGGGUCCCCACCAUCCACCCCGUGCUCAGCGGCCUCUCCAGGAUUGUCAAUGGUGAGGAUGCCAUCCCCGGCUCCUGGCCCUGGCAGGUGUCCCUGCAGGACAGCACUGGCUUUCACUUCUGCGGGGGAUCCCUCAUCAGCGAAAACUGGGUGGUGACUGCUGCUCACUGCGGUGUCAAGACCUCCCACCUGGUGGUGGCUGGCGAGUUUGACCAGGGCUCACCUGCUGAGGAUAUCCAGGUUCUGAAGAUUGCCCAGGUCUUCAAGAACCCCAAGUUCAACAUGCUGACUGUCCGCAAUGACAUCACUCUGCUGAAACUGGCCACACCCGCCCAGUUCUCCGAGACCGUGUCCGCCGUGUGCCUGCCCAGCGCCGACGAUGACUUCCCCGCUGGCACCAUGUGCGCCACCACCGGAUGGGGCAAGACCAAGUACAAUGCCAACAAGACCCCCGACAAGCUGCAGCAGGCCGCCCUGCCCCUGCUGUCCAACGAUGAGUGCAAGAAGUUCUGGGGCAACAAGAUCACCGACGUGAUGGUGUGCGCCGGCGCUAGUGGUGUGUCCUCCUGCAUGGGUGACUCUGGUGGCCCCCUGGUCUGCCAGAAGGAUGGAGCCUGGACCCUGGCUGGCAUCGUGUCCUGGGGCAGCGGCUUCUGCUCCACCUCCACCCCCGCCGUGUACGCCCGGGUCACUGAGCUCAUGCCCUGGGUGCAGGAGAUCAUGGCCGCCAACUAA